AUGGAACACAUCAAGAUACCUUCCCCGUCUGCUAUCUUAGACAUUCAACCUUCGCCUCCAUCAACAGAAGGGUCUUCUAAGCCUCCUUCUUCCUCCAAAAGGCCUACCUCGGGCCAGCCUGGUGCCUCCAGGGAUCCUAACAAACCGAAGCAGUCAAAAAGCCGUAACGGCUGCAUUACCUGCAAGGCAAAACGAUUGAAAUGUGACGAAUCCAAGCCGACGUGCCUUCAAUGUAAGAAACGGAAGGUGGAGUGUGGAGGAUACAAGAAAGAUUUCAAGUGGCGCCCUUUCGAAGAGACUAACAUUGGCUGCAAGAACGUGUCAACGAAAAGCAAAAAAGCCACCUCAUCACCCCCGGGUCGGAAGUCUAGCCUUGACUUUUCUACGUCUCCGGACUCGCAGUCCACUGAGGGAUGGUCGAGGACCCUGUCUAAUUCUUUGCCUCUAUUCUCACCAGGGAGGGAUGAGCCGACUCCAGAGCGUGCAGAAGUGGAUGCAGUACCAAAGCAGCAUCUCUUUGUCCCUACGGAUAAUCUCAUAGGCCCGCUAGAUAUAGCAAGCCUGAAUGAAGGCAUCCUGGCCCCAUCGCUAGCCGAGAUCCCACCCUUGGAACCAUCCUCAUAUAUACCCACCCUAUAUGGCGUUUCCCAACACGACAGCCCGCAAAGGCACCACAGUUUUAGCUUUGAGGCCUUGAUGGAGGUCGAAAACGAUGACAUUGAGGAGAUUAUAAGGAAGUCAGAACUACCUCUGGGGCCGACUUUCUUGAACAGCACAGAGUGCAUCAAUCCUGCACAAUCCAAGAAUACCAAUGUUACCCCGAAGAUCCUCUCAGAGCCGGCUUUUAGCAUAGUCAGUCCCGAAAUGCUGGUGCUGCAGUUCGACAGAUUCACAUGUGGGAUCCUGUCUGUGAAGGACGGUGCCCACGAGAACCCAUGGCGGACACUAAUCUGGCCCCUAGCCAAGGAGACCCCAGCGCUAUAUCAUGCCAUAUUUUCUCUGGCAGCAUUUCACUCCAGCAAGGAGAUUCCCAGCCUCAGAGUUCAUGGGAUGGAUCAUAUGCGGCAGAGCAUCACCUACAUGGUGCACGACAUACAGAAUAUGAGAGCAGAUGCAGCCUUGGCCACGAGUCUCGCGCUGGCAUUCGCGGAGACAUGGGAUCAGCAUACGCGCACAUGUAUUCAGCACUUGCGGGGAGCCAAAGCGUUGGUGUCACAGGUUGUAGGAUUUGGUCUUCAAAGCGGGAUGUGCGGCAGUGACCUGGAUAGAAUUCGGUUUCUGUAUAACACCUGGCUAUACAUGGAUGUGAUUUCUCGCCUGACAUCCCGGGAAGAAUCCGGGGAUCAGGAGGUAGAUACCUCUGUUUUCCAGUUGCCCAAGGAUGCAGUGCACGAGAUCGACCCUCUAAUGGGUUGCGCGACCACCCUUUUUCCAUUGAUCCACCAAGUCGCGCGCCUGAUCCAGCGAGUUCGCAAAACCGAGUCCAACUCCCUCUCCAUUGUCUCGCAGGCCAUAGAAUUGAAAACCCUGGUUGAGCAAUGGGAGCCCCCCAGCUGCUUCGAACCCCCAGAUGACCCAACGUCAGAGGUACAGCAUAGUAUCCAAACCGCACACGCUUACCGCUGGGCGACACUUCUGUACCUUCACCAAGCGGUUCCUGAAAUGCCCUCCGAACCAGCAUCGGAGCUGUCGAAGCGUGUCUUGAUGCUGCUCGCCACAGUUCCCCCCAGCUCCCGUACCACCAUCAUCCAAAUGUUUCCUCUUCUGGCGGCUGGGUGUGAAGCAGAACAAGAGGAGGAUCGCCAAUGGGUGCUCAAUCGAUGGCUAGCGAUUCAAUCACGCCUCAUGCUUGGGUCUAUUGAUCGUUGCAUCGAGAUUGUCCGAGAGGUUUGGGAUCGCCGCGAUGCCGCGGGGCUUGAGCAAUCCGAUCAUCUACCCGCGAAAAGGCUUGAGGUUGAUAAAACAACACAUGUAGGCCGUGGGUUAGGUGAGCGUGGUCUCACCAGCAGCUACGCUGAGCCUAGGAGGAGAUCGAAUAUGGCCGAUCGGGUACCUUUUAAGGGCUUUGCGGGGAAGCCACGACGGACUUCAGCGAUCUCUCCGCUAGAAAAUAUUGAAUUUGAGAAGACUGUUCGUGGAAACUUGCAUUGGGUUAAUGUGAUGCAGGAAUGGGGUUGGGAAGCAAUCUUCAUUAUCAGCAGAUUGAACACGGUGGUUCCUCCACGGUUGAUCUCCGCGGGCCAGCACGACUGGCGUCUCUCCCUCCUUUCGAGCUUGCCUGCUCGCGUUGCACCGACCGGCGCUCAGGAGGUCGAGGACUCUCGGUCGCACUGUCUUCAGAAUCCGCUUCGGCUUGGUGUGGAGGCCCGCUCUGGGUCAGGUACGACCGGAGUGAGGCCAGGUAUGGCUCUAGUUCGCUCGUCAUGGCCACUGUAG